AUCGACAGCUUUGCACGCCUUCUGCAUGUCCGAGGGCCAUGGCGCGCCAUGUUCUUCUGGUUCUCUUGGGGUUGCAGGGUCUGGCCUUUACGAGCUUCGGGAACGGCCCCAAAACGGCGCCGAGAUCCCGGACGGCGCUUCGCGCCGAUUGCUGGCAAGUGCUGGAUCUCGAACCGGGCGCCAGCCGGGAUGAGGUGAAGAAAGCUUUCCGCGCCAAGAUCCGCACGGCCCACCCGGAUGCCGGCGGCAGCGCGCAGCAGUUUGCGGAGGUGCGCUCAGCCUACCAGGCGGCCCUUGCGGAAGCUGGCACCGGCGCCUCAAAAAGCGGCACCGGGAGCAGUGCAAAGCCUGGCUGGAGCAUCCACGACUUCUUCCGGUGGCGUCGGCAGCAAGUCCAGCAGGAGAAAGCGGAGUGGGAGCAGGAUGCCAACUUUCAGAAUCAUUGGUGGGCCUCUGCUGAGCAGCGGCAGCAGCAGAAGCAGCAGGCGCAGUCCAUUGAUGAGGAGCAGCAGACGAAGCCCCAGGGCCGCCGCGCGAGAGAAGGCGCCACCUGGAAGCGAAGACCCAGGACGGUCGAGGCUCCACAGCCGAGCUUCCAGGAGGACGAGUCGGUGCAGGAGUGGAACACCUUCCUGUCACAGCGCGACAAGCCCAAAGCCCAGGCGCCGAAGAAGAUGCCGCGGCGCAAGGACCCAGUGAUUACACACCGUGCCAUCGCCACAAAGGAAGGCGAUAUGCGGGUGCCAGUGUACCGCUCCAAGAAUGGGCGCUGCUACUAUGUGUCGCCACUGACUCACAAGGAGGUCACGGUUCCCUCAGUGCUCUCGUAG